UCGUCGUCAUCGUUGGUGGUGGCAUCAUCAUGACCCGCUUUAAAAUAAAAAACUUAAAAAUUUUAUCUUCUUCGUGUUGUCUGACUCUAUGGUUUGCCAUAUUUGGCGCCUUGCAAUUGGUACGAUGUAGUGAAUUUCCUGAACGAGAAUGUUGUGAUUUAACAACAACAUCAACAGUGAGCCCCUUGCCAGUACCGCCUGUAGUCCUACCAACGGAUAAGACAUUGUCAGCAACAACAGCUGUACAAACAAUACCAACGGGCAGAUCAGGUUCAAAUAUCAAAGUUGCUUCGGCAAUUUUAAAUUGUAUAUUAGCACGUCAAUUAUGUUUUGAAGAUCCAUCAUGUUCAGCAAUAUUAGAAAUCAUACCCAGAGUAUGCGGUCCAAUACCAGUAUCCUGCAGUACAGUAACUGUAACAAAAUGCCAAGCGGCUUUAAGAACCCUGCAAGCCUUUCAGUUCUUUCGUCCUACAUGCCUGUGUAAAGAGCCUGGCAUGGAUCCUGACUGUAAUCAUUUUCGAGAUUUCUUAUUCGACCAUCCUUGUGGAUUUGUGCUUAAAAAAGCCGAAAGAGAUCCAUAUCCUAUAGAUGCAUUGCCAACAUGCAAUCACGCCUUAUCAGUGUGUCAGCAAGAGAAAAAGUGUCUAAAACUUUUCGAAGACUUUAAGGCACAUUGUAAAGUUCGAGACAAUAAAUGUAAAAUGGAAAACAGAGAUGCAUGCCAUGAUUCUUGGACAAAUCUCAGACUAUCACCCAUGUUUGGUUGUAUAUGCCCAAAUAAUCAUAUGAAAAAGCGCUGUGAUCGUAUAUUUAAUAUAGUUAAUCACAAUCCGUGUGUCGACAGAUUAAUAUUCUUUCCCAAUGGUUUAACGCCAAAGUUGAAACAACAAUUUAAACAGGAAAAGUUAAAGAAAAAACAACAGCGGCAACAGAGUAAAAAACAAAACCAACAAACAACCACUGCGAAAACAACAUCAUUAAAACAGCGACAACAAUUGCACCACCAACAUCAUCAACAACAUUAUAAUUUAAGCCAGCAACAUCAUCACAUACAACAGCAGCAGCAUCAUCAUCAAUAUACUUAUGCGAGUAGUGGUGGUGGCGGCGGUGUUGUUGGUGGUGAAAGUGAAAAUCUUAAUAACAAUAACAACAAUAUUGAAGAUUUCAAUGGGGAUUUUCGUUAUAAUGAAAAUCGUAAAGAUUAUAUGGAAAUAGGUGAUGUUGCUAAAGGAAAUUUUCAAAAAAGCCACUACAAUGGCGGCAAUGAGAAUUUAGUGGCAGGUGUUGGAGCUAAUGAUAAUGAGAACAAUGAUGAUGGCGACGAUUAUGGUGACGAGGAUGAUGAUUAUGAAGAAAGUGAUUAUGAUGAUCUAAUACGUGCCGAAAUCUAUUCAAAUUAUCCCCAUUAUUUACAUCCACCCUCGUGGGGUCUCAAUAAUCCCUUAGUGUUGGCCUCCCACAGUCCUAACACUUACGAUGAUGAUGUUGUUAUAGAAAUUGGAGAGAAUAAACCCACAUCAAUCUCCAUAGGUGUAAUUAAACAUCAGCAAAAGCAUGUGCAACAAAUACCUCCUCCACCUUCAACCAUGCACUUGGAUGAUUUAGAGCAAAAUGUUGAUGAUGUUGUUGUCGUUGUCGAUACAGGUUCACGUUCGCAUAAAAAUAUUGGUGGCAUUAGUGUUGGCAUUGGCACCAUACAAACAACAGGCCUGGGUGCUAAUGACAUUCAUGAUAUGCAUCGACAAACCUAUUACACCCACAGCGAAGAUAUUCUUUAUAAACAGCAGCAGCACAAAUUUAAUAGUCCAGCAAAUGUUGCUACCACAACACCAUCGUCUAUUUUGUAUACAAGUGAUAUUAAUAAACAUCCAACAAAAAAUACAAUUAGUUCAAGCACCAAUAUGCACAAGUAUCAUUUUAAAGAUGAAUUUACCACCGGUAGCGAUGUUUAUACCCACCGUACCUAUGAGGGUGACACCAUGGAUGAGAGAGUUAGAGUUAUGGGCAUGGACGAGAAAUUGCAUCAAAAGAUCUUCGAAGAGAAUUUAGCAUUAAUCGAUACGCCGUUGAUAGCGACAACAACAAAUACAAUAUACCAUCCCGGUGCUGGUUCCUCACAUGGUUACAAAGAUAUACUACCGUAUCCGUAUCCCAUCAAUUUGACCGAAUUCCAUCAUCGACAUAAUAUGCCGCAAGAAGUAACUAUAAUACCAGAUGUCAUAGAUACUGGUAUCGGUUAUUCAACUAUUUAUAAUCGAAGUGGUCCGGAUGUUGAAGAGAACACCUCAACGGAUAUAAUCAAGCAACACUUUCAGAGUACCUGUCAUACAGCAUUGGAUACAUGUCGUGAAGAUCCGUCCUGUUUAUCGUCGUUACAGCCAAUGCUACAACAUUGUGAAAUGCAUCGUUGUAAUCGUAAUGCAUGCAUGACUUCACUGCAGGCAUUUUAUAAAGGUCCACAUGAGGACUUAAAUUUAGAUGUGGCCUUUUGUUUAUGCAAAAAAACAACAAAUCGUCAUGAUAGUUGUAUGAUUGCUCAGGAAAAACUACAUCCGGUUUGUGCACAAAGGCCACCCGACAAUAAUAAUCAACAGAGCUACACACCACCACCAUCAUGUCAUGCUGUGGCUGAAGCAUGCAAAGUGGAACGUGAAUGUCGACUCAAACUGGAGUAUUAUGAACAAGCUUGUGCCGUCGAUAGUGUGACCAAAAAGUGUGCUGGUCGUCCUAGUGGCUGUCGCACUGCUAUGAUUGGUAUCUUGGGAACAAUUUUACGUACAACAUGUGGCUGUCAUGGCAGUGAUGCCCAGUAUUUGUAUCAAUGUGUGGGUUGGCGUAGACUAUUAUGGAUGAAUCCAUGUGUGGUUGAGGCUCAGAAGGAUUUCCAUAUGAAACGUUUAGCCGAAUUGGGCUUUUUGACGACAACAACUACUACUACCACAACCACCACUACAACAACUACGACAACAAGAGCACCUCCAACUCAACCACCACCUGCACCCACCACAACGACGACAACAACAACACAUAAAAUACCGCCACCGGCAAUGCCACCAAAGACUCCGCAUAAACCCUCAAUAUUUAUGCCAAAAGAAAAUGUUGAACCAUCAUCCAUGGAAGAGAAUGUUAUCGAACAGCCAUAUCGAGUGCAUAACGGAAAUGAUGAAAACGGAAAUGGCGGAAAUGGCGAUUAUCAUAGUAUCAUCAGCAAUACUGGCAACAAUGACAAUACUAAUACCAAUGGCAACGGCAACGGUAAUAAUGGGAAUGGAAAUGGUAAGGGCAGGCACAUAAAAAAUGGAGGACGCAAUGGCAAACACACCUACAGUAAUGGCAAUAAUAAAGCAUCUGCUAUGGCUGAAACCGAAAAUGAUUAUAACGGAAAUGCGGGUGGUGGCAGUGGUAACGGUGGCAAUAUUCAUAACAUCAAAAGUACUCAUGGAAAUGGCAAUGGCCGUGCAGUAAUUGUCGAUUUUGGUGAUCAAACAAUUUAUGUUGAACCAAUGGAAACAACUGAAUUUGUGGUUUUGGACACAACGACCACUACAACCACAACAACAAUAGCCACAACGACACAAGCGCCAAGAAACUGUGUUGUUCAAAGGCCUCACCAAUCGGAUCAGCUCAUAAGAGAGGGAACAAGCAAAAGAAUUUACUCUUUGGACGAUGCUGAAUGCAGUGAAUUAUGUAGCUGCGGUGAAUCACUAACACUAACCUGUCAUGCCCUUUGCGUGCCAUUUGCACCAUGCCGCACAGCUUUAGCAUUUUAUAGUCAUGCUUCGCCCGCGUAUCAAGCAUUCCGUGGUCGUUGUCUUUGCUAUUCGGGACGUUUUAUAUGUAUGAAACCUCCAUUAGGUGACUAUUCCCUGCCAGGUGGUGUUUUUCUAAUGUUGGGCUACAGUUCUGCUGAUGAAGCUUUGUUAAGGCCUCAUACUAAUUUGGGGGUACAAGAUGCGGUUAGAGCUCUCCAACAAUACGUCAACACAUACAUUGAUAAUCAGACUCAAUGUACUUUGACUUUGUUUAAUAUGACAGAAGAAAAUAUAAUAAUUGCCGCCCGUUUACCACAUGAUGCUAAAUUAAAGGCUAUCGAUUUGCUGAAGAAAGAAAAGGACGAAUGUACCUCUGUUCUCAAAACCAUUAGUCAUCACAUCAAUGCCGAACACCAUGAAUUGCAAUCCCACCGACUGUUAAGCAUUUUCAAAAUGGCUGAAGUCGAAGUUGUUUGGCCAGAAAAUAGUGCAGCCACUAGUCUCAGGCACAAUAACUGCAGCUCAAAUUUAUUAAUCAUUACAUUGUUCUCACUAAUCCUGGUGGCAAAGCAUCUAAGCAGAGGCAGCAGGAAUAUAAUGUCAACGACAAUUGAUUCCCUACAACAAGUGAGUAGAAGGCCAACAAUUGCAAAAAUAACAUGA